AUGUCAAUCGACCUUUCCACGUUCCCACCCAAUAGUAGCCAUGUCGGCAAUCCGCAAGACGAUCCUGAUGCACUUGCCAUGUGCUACGGCCCUAAGCACCUCGACCUCACGGCAUCGAAAGAAUCUGUCGCCGACUGGGCUGGGUCUGGCAAAAUCCUCUUCCAAGGAGAUGUUGUUAAUGUCGUCACGUUCAAAGACGGGACAUCCACUGUUCUUUGUACGGACUGCGGUAUUGCAUCAGUCGGAUUUGGUCUGCAAGUUGAAGAGCUUGAACCGGAGGACCGAGUCAGCGGGAUGGUCACGCGCGAGGAUAUGGAGACAGCAAGUAUCUAUAAAGACUACAAGAAGACAUUUGGGGAGACGGUUUCCGUGCAGAUGGGUACUAUAACCCCCGAAGGAGAUUUUUCGUCGUUUUUCCGUGGUAACCCCGAGUUUGUGGUUGACAAAAAGACUAUGACUGAUUCGGUGACCGUGUUGAAUGAUUAUGAAGAGUUCCUCGAUAGUCAAGAAUACGACAUGUCCACUGUAGAAAAAGCGAGAGAGUGGGCCGAAGAGUGGGAUGAUGACUCUCCUUCCGAAAAAGGAGAUCGAGACAAAGCACCAACGAGUUGA